AUUUAUUCAAUAAAUAUAUAUAUAUAACUUAAUAAAAAUGUCAGCUUCAGUUAAAUGUGGUAUCUGUAAUAAAACUGCCUAUCCAUUAGAAUCAGUCGUUCCAGGUAACGGUAAUACCUACCACAAGGGUUGUUUCAAAUGCUCCACCUGCUCUGCUACCCUCAAUGUUAAAAACUUCAAAUCAUUCGAAGGUAAACUUUACUGCCCAGUCCACACUCCAAAAGUUUCAGCUACCGCUGUUACUGAUUCAGUUGCCCUUAAAAACGCUCUUAAUGCCCCAAAGAAAACCGCUGAAUCACUCGGUAAUGUCCAAAAAGGUUCAGGUGAAAAACCAUCAGUUGGUUUAGACUCAAUGGCCACCAGAAACGCCCUCAAUGCUCCAAAGAAAACCGCUGAAUCACUCGGUACCGUCCAAAAAGGUUUAGGUGGUAAACCAACCGUCGCCGUUUUUGGUGCUGAUAACCAAUCAGGUACUGGUUACGAACAACAAGAACAAUAUGAAGAACAAGCUUAUGAACAACAAGAAGAACAACAACAAUAUGACGAACAACAAUACCAACAAGAAGGUGAAUACCAACAAGAAGGCGAAUACCAACAAGAAGGUGAAUACCAACAAGAAGGUGAAUACCAACAAGAAUACCAAGAAGGUGAAUACUACGAAGAACAACAAUAAAAACUUUAUAUAUCUUUCAUUGUAUUUAUAAAUAGUAUUUAAAUAAAAAAAUAUAGUAAUAAAACCCCUUUUGUUAAAUUAUUUAUAUUAAAAUUAAAUAAAAAUCAUUUUACUUUGUAAAUUU